GUACGUUUCAGGGAAAGAGAAAGAUAAUUCACACAUGCAGAAGUGUUUGCCUCUCUGCCGUACACAGCUGUCUACCAUGGAAAAAUUGUACUGAUCCACAAAAAUGGCUCCAGAACUUCCGGAUUCCACCACCAAACUGUCCACCACAGCUUUUAUUCCGGACCUUCAAAAAGAAGCCACAUUUCUACCUUCAUCACAGGAUAAUCUUCUAAACAAAAUGACAGACGGUUCAGAGACAGCUCCAGAGAAUCAGUACACAAAACUGCGGUGGUUACUAACCAUUGCUGGACUGAUCUUUUAUGUGGUGGACAUUUGGACAGAUGUUUUACUGGCCCUGAAAUAUUUUCAAGAGAAACAUUUUGUGUGGACUGGACUGACUCUGAUGUUUGUUUUGGCGGGGCUGCUGGUGACACAGAUCUUCAGUUAUGCAUGGUACUCGGGCGACAUGAAUGAUCCUGAAGAGAAAGAAAACGUACCAAGAAUGUCCAAAGGUGGAUUUGCUGCCCUGCACGUAUUUGGCAUGGGCAUCUUCACCAGGUAUUACCACCUGCUGAAACAAGGGUUCAAAGUGGUUUGGACAUCGAAUUCCUCUUCAGACGAAGAAAAGAAAGCUGUGCACCACAAACUGUUUUGUCUAGCUGCUGAUCUGAGCAUGCUGAAACUGUUUGAGUCUUUCAUUGAGAGUGUUCCUCAACUGCUUCUACAGCUAUACAUAGUGAUGGGCCGCUCUGAGUGUUCGGUCAUGCAGUGUUUAUCUAUGGUGUUCUCCUUCUUUAACGUCGCCUGGGCCCUGGUGGACUAUCGUCGCUGCCUGCGUAGAUCCCUCCCUCAAACCAUAGAAAUGCCCUCUGGCCUUCCCACAGCAGUCUACCUUUUCUACAAACUCUGUACCAUCACCAGCCACAUUCUCAGUUGCACCCUUCUCCUCAUUCUGAACACCUACAGCACAAUAGCCCUUACCAUCCUCUGGCUGCUAGGGACAAUCUGGGCACACUCGCUUAAGACCAACUUCUGCUCAUCCAGAAGCCUUGAGUUUCUGUACCGAGCUGUCAUCGGAGUCAUCCUUACAUUUACCUUUUUCAACGUCAAAGGACAAAACACCAGAGCUGAAAUGAUCAUCUACUACUUGAUCCAUUCUUAUAUAAAUAUUUCGGCUCUUAUACUACUGGCUCUGUUUAAACCAGAGUUAAUGAUGACCACGUUUCUGCUAACGGUCAUUGGUUUAAUUGUUGGAUGUUCGGUGCUGGGGCUGGUGUUUCUUGUACUGUACUAUCUCUUCCUGCACCCCAAAGAAACUGAGCCCCGAGUGUCAGAUGAGGUGGAUGGCCCCGGAAACAAUACCAGAAACGAGACCAACAAAAGAAUAAGCAACUUUAUACAGCCUUAAAGAACUUUUUAAAAUCAUAUUAAUAUUGUGCUCAUUAUUCAUUACAUGUUAAUGCUGCUAUCAUGUUAUCCAACCUGAAGUAAAGUUUGCCUUCUCA